AUGUCGGCGUCCUCCACCACAUCGGCCACCAGCCCUAGCACCGGCCAGGGCACCCUCCCCGCCGCGCACGACUCCGUCGUUUUAGUCUUCGUCAAUCCGUACGCCUCCGUCAAUGUCAAGACCCACGUCCCCAUCAAGCUCGACCUCCAGCUGCCCAACUACAACAAGUGGAACACCUACUUCACCGCCAUGUACGGCUCCGUCUCCGAUGGCGUCCUUGACCUUGCCAUGGCGCUGGAUCAGACCGCCCGCGACCUCUACACGGCCAUCCGUGAUCUGUUCCAGGCGAACCAGGAGCCGCGCGCUGUCAUCCUGAACCAGGAUCUCGCUUCCUCGACUCAGGGUGAUCUCCCCAUCGAAGCCUACGCCACGCAGCUGAAGCAGAACGCCGACGCUCUUCGCGACGUCGGCCACCCCGUGCAGGACCGUCAGCUGGUGCUCACCCUGCUGAACGGCCUCAACCCGCGCCUCUCCAACACCGCCGAUUUCAUCGCCAACACGAGGCCGCUGAUGUCCUUCACCUCGGCGGUGAACAUGCUUCGUCUGAAGGAACUCCGCCUCGCCAAUGACAACAAGGUCGCCUCCAACUCCGCCCUUGCCGCUUCGACUACGGUUGCCUGUACCUCGCCUUCCUGCCGCUCCACACCCUCGUCCUCGCAGCCUCAUGGCGGUGGCAAGGGCAAGGGCAAGGGCGGCAAGGGUGGCGGCAACGGCGGCGGCAACAGCAGUGGCAGUGGCGGUGGUGGUCGCAGCGGCGGCCGCAACCAACAGCAGCACGGCGGCCAGGGUUCCCAGAGUGGAACGCAACCCGGUGCCCCGCCCAACCGCCCAUGGGUCUACUUCAACCCGUGGGCCUGGGGCCCACAGAAGCAGUGGCGUCCUCCCAUGGCGCCGCUCCCUCUGGCACACACUGCCUUCGCACCGUCGCAGGUGUCGCCUCCUGCGCCGGCGCCCGCCGGCUACCCUGCACCAGGUGGCUGGGACCAGGCGGGUCUCAUUGCUGCCCUGAACCAGAUGGCACUUCAGGGUGCCAAUCCAUGGGUGCUCGACACCGGAGCGACAUCGCACAUGUCCUCCAAUGAUGGACCCGAAGACCAGGACCGUGAUUCUUCGCUGCAAUAG